AUGCGGCCACCCCCCACCUCUCGACCGUUAACACGCACCGCUCCGCCGCCCUCCCCGGCUGCGUCGAGCGACGUGUUAACCAAAACUACCCCCAUCCGCCACCGCGAAGCCGCUCCACCGCGCCAAUCGGCUAUGGAGUCACCGGCCCCUCGCUCCCUGUGCUCAUCAACAACGUCGCUGCACUCCGCCGAAGGAGAUAGUGACACGGACGCACACACCGCCCGCCCCCCAUCCGUCCUUCCGCGAACAGAGGUGCCACAAGCGGCGCCUCUGCCUGCGGGAAGUACACAACAACAACUGAGAAGGACUCAGUCCUUCUCCGCGACCUCACGACCCGCGCCCAUGGAAACGGACGCACCCAGACCUCAAGCCCCCGCCCGACGCCCGCGUAGCCCCGAGGAGGACAACGAGGCGAAGCGUUACAAACCCGCCCCCCAGCGCGAUCCACGCCUGGCGCGACAAGCGGGUCUAGGCGAGGGCAGGUCGUACGCCCGAGUGGUGACAUCCCCACCACCCCCUACAACGACAACCACAGCCGCCAUUGACACCAUAGCUAGCAACACCAGUGCUUGUCGUCAUAGCGUCGCAGCCAACGCGGAUCGUCCCUCCCGCGCCACGUCACAGAAUCAACUGGGACACCUUUUCAGGUACGUUGGAGACCACCACACCAUCUCGGCCGGUCAACUCCGCGGCCGAUGUGGAGAGGCUUACAGCCGAAUUGACAGACUGCAUAAGAGGCGCCCUCGAGUCGGCCAAAACACCUACACCACUCACCCAGGGGCGGUUACCACCCCUGCCGGCUCACCUUAA